GAGUCUGUCAUGCUGCUGCCAGGCCCCUAAUCUGCCAUGGGCCCCCUAUACCGCCUCCUCUGCUGCUGCUGCCAAGUCCAGAGUCUCUCAUGGUCCCUGUACGUGCCUCCCAUGCUGCUGCUGUCUCCAUCGCCACACUCUGCUGCCAUGUGCCACUUUCAGGUCUCUUCACACUGCUGGUGUGUUAAAUUUUUUGACAUAGGGUGCAGGCAGAUUACGGGCCUCACAUAGCUGCUGCCAGGCCUCUGCCAUGGGCCCCUAUAUACCGCCCUCUGCUGCUGCCAAGUCCAGAGUCUGUCUCAUGGGUCCCUGUACGGCCUCCCAUUGCUGCUGUCU